AUGUUAUACUCAAAUACACUCAAGGCUGAGGGUGAGGACAGCCCUAAGGCUGCAUUCACCCAUCAAUUACCCCCAAAUUGCCGCAUUCCCUUCGGCCUCGGGAAAGAAGACCUAGGUCUUCCAGCCACAACCAUCGACGAACUGCGUAGUUCGUUGACACAUGUCCUUCAUGCAGCCUGGGCCGUAAAAUUCACUUUAGGUGUUCGCAGUUUUGAGCAACAACAUAUCAAAGGCGUUCAGAACCUGAUCAACCUCUGCAUAUCCAGUCGCCGAUGUUGUCCCGCCGAGUUUUACUUCUGCUCUUCGAUCUCUGCGGCUGCUGCUACACCUCUUCCGGCUCAGAUCGCCGAAGGCCCAAUCCCUGAGCUUGCACAUGCUCAGAAUAUGUGCUACGCUCGGUCCAAGCUUGUGGGCGAGCGAAUUGUGCAUGCCGUCGCGCUGACUACGGGGAUGGUAGCCAAGGUUCUUAGAAUCGGACAGACUGUCGGAGACACUACUACUGGGCAUUGGAACCCGACUGAGGCGAUUCCACUUAUGCUCCGGACCGCCAAGACAUUGGGAGUGCUACCAGCAUUAGAUGAGACUCCAGCAUGGCUUCCGGUUGAUGUAGUUGCGAGAUCCGGUUUAGAGCUAAGUGGGAUCGUCUCCAACGAAAAAGCCAAGUCUCUUGCUCAUGACCCCAACAUAGUCUACCAUGUUCAGAAUUCCAGAACUUUCCGAUGGACAGAGGAUCUGUUGCCAACUCUACAGCAGGCGGGCUUGAAGUUUGAUGUCAUUCCCAAGAGAGAAUGGGUGCAGCGUCUGCGUGAAUUCGAGCAGGAUCCGCGGGAAACUCCAACGAUUAAACUGUUGGGCUUCUUCGAGAAAUAUAAUAACGAUGCCCCCGGUCGUUCAGGAUUAUCAUUUUCCAUGGAGAAGACGGAAAGCGCGAGCCCUUCGCUGAAAGGUGGUGUGGAAUUGAUUGAUUCUGGCUUAAUCAAACGAUUUGUGGAUGCGUGGGGACCACGGUGGUCAUCAUUCUUUUGUUUUCGAGAUCUGGGGUAA